CGCAAUCAAGGAUGUUAUCGGCUGGGUAAAAACUCCAAUACUCGACAAUUUCUACAGCCUGCGCCUUAAAUCCAAAUAUUAGACAUUAAACAUUCGAGGAAAGGUCCCAUGUUUGACCUACCCGGCGCGAAGCGCGUCCGUCGCGACGACCUAUACAACUCCGACGACGGCAAUGAAGACGCCGCGUCACAGAUAGAUGACUCUCGCGCGAGGCUCCUUCAAGACCAACUAGCACAACUCUAUGGCCCCAUAACCAUUCCGUCACAGGACCCUGUCGCUCCUGGUGGCACAGAACCGUCCCCAGAUGCCCCUCCAGCUGAGGCAGAAGACGAGGAAUUUGAGUUCAGAUUAUUUGCUCCCUCCACCACAGCGGUUGCCUCGAAUGACAACCAAUCUUCCAAGCCUGACGAGACGACUACCCAACGAAUUAUACUAUCCAAUUCAGACGACGAAGAUCUAGGCGAUGGCGCGUUUACCGUACCACAGAGGAGGCUGAGCUGGUAUAUCGCCGCACCAGCCACAGGAACGAAGAAAGCGGAGUUUGAAGAGGCAGCUGUGAGUGCGGAGAUGGUGCAGCGGGAGAGAGAACAUAGGGCAUGGGCUCUAGAGAAGCCAUGGAGGGUGACAGUUAUACGAACGGGCUCGGCAUCAACCUCACAACCUGCGGCUGCACUGGCAGCCAAGUCAGUCAGCGUGCGGACUGCUGAAGGCGACGGGAAGACUAAAAGGACAAAGCCGAAUAAAAAGAGACGCAUUGAAGUUAGGAUAAGAGAACGAGCUCUUGCCGAGAAGUUAGAAGCAGAGCGGCUGCGGUGUGCGAAAAUGGAGGAAGAGAAAGCGAGCAGAGGUGCUGAGGAUGCAGAGAAGAGGACAGCGCGGAAUAGAGAGAGGAAGAUAAAGAGGAGAGAGAGGGAGAAAAGGAAGAAGGCAGCUGCCGCUGGGAUGCCCGAACCCUCGGGGGAGGGCGACAGUGGAAGUGAAAGUGAUGCCAACUAAACGGAUGACCAGUUAGAGUGCGAACCACAUAGAAAUAUAUUUGGCUUGCUGCAUAUAACCUUAUAACAUGAUAUUGAGUGGGUUUAACUUUAAAUAUUUAC